GAGUUCGAUACUUGCGAGGAGUGUCUCCAACUGCUCUGAGCCGCCUCGUAAAACACAGCAUUGUUUUCAUCGCCAUCAUCAUAGGCAAGGCCAUUCUUCUCCUUUUUCCUGAAGCUACCUCUGAACUGUUAUAUAAACAAAAUACACAGAGACUUGCUUUUUCAAUUUUUUACUUGGAACUCCUCAAAUUUCUCUCUGCAUUGGCCGUUUUCGUAGCUCACAGGAUGGCGACAACGUCGGUUUCUAACUUGCAAGUUGCAAUGUCAAGGUCCAGCAUUCCUUCUUCACAAAAGCUUGCAAAUGCAAGCGCUGCAGGUUUUAGUGUCAAGCCCAAGGCAAGAUCUUGGAAUGGACUUGCAAGUGUCCGUCAUGUUGCAUCAGUGCAACCUUUCCAGCAUGGCCUUACAUCGCGUUCCAUAAAGUUUGACAAAAUUGUAACAAAGGCAAUUUCUGAGUCUAGUGAAAACAAGCCAGUCUCGGGAUUGCCUAUUGAUUUGAAAGGUAAAAGGGCUUUCAUUGCUGGUGUGGCUGAUGACAAUGGAUAUGGUUGGGCAAUAGCAAAAUCUCUUGCAGCAGCUGGAGCUGAAAUUCUUGUUGGUACCUGGGUACCUGCUCUAAAUAUUUUUGAGUCCAGCCUUCGACGUGGAAAAUUUGAUGAGUCACGAAUAUUACCAGAUGGUUCACUGAUGAAGAUCACUAAAGUUUAUCCCAUGGAUGCAGUUUACGACAGUCCUGAGGAUGUUCCAGAAGAUGUUAAAACAAACAAGCGCUAUGCUGGAUCCAGUAACUGGACUGUCCAGGAAGUAGUCGAAUCUGUUAAGAAGGACUUUGGAACCAUUGACAUCCUUGUACACUCACUUGCCAAUGGACCAGAGGUCACCAAACCAUUGUUAGAGACAUCUCGGAAUGGAUAUCUUGCUGCAUUAUCCGCAUCUAGUUACUCAUAUGUUUCUUUACUCAAGCAUUUUCUUCCAAUUAUUAACCCAGGUGGUUCUUCAAUUUCUCUUACAUAUAUUGCUUCAGAGAGGGUUAUUCCUGGAUAUGGUGGUGGUAUGAGUUCUGCAAAAGCUGCUUUGGAAAGUGACACAAGAGUGCUUGCUUUUGAAGCUGGUAGGAAGAAAAGAAUUAGAGUCAACACAAUAUCUGCUGGUCCUCUCAGAAGCCGUGCAGCAAAAGCAAUCGGAUUCAUUGACAUGAUGAUUGAUUAUUCACUAGCCAAUGCACCUUUGCAGAAAGAGCUGACAGCUGAGGAGGUGGGCAAUGCAGCCGCUUUCCUGUCAUCGCCGCUGGCGUCUGCCAUCACCGGCGCUGUUUUAUAUGUUGACAAUGGAUUGAACGCCAUGGGGGUGGGAGUUGACAGCCCAAUAUUUAAAGAUCUCGACAUUCCAAAGGGCCAGCAUUGAUGAGUUUAUUGGUACCUUAAGUAGCUUUUAGCAAAAUGAUGUUAGACUUAUUGCCUUACCUCCCAAUUCACCAUUUGUUGCAGUUUACCUUUAGAAUGAUGCCGUCACAAUGUUUUCCUUUUCCCACGUUGAGUGACUUACCUUUACCUAUUAAUUGAGUUCACGAUGGGUGUAAGGCUACUAUUAUGUGAUGUGAGGAUGUUUACAUAUUAUCUUUGAAUUGUUAUCUUUCCCGUGAAAUUUCAAGGUAAUUUUUUUUCCUUGAUCA